CAAGCAGUAACGAUCCGAACGUUGUAUUGAAUAGAAUUGAAGUUAAGUUUGUGUGAAGUGAUAUAAAUGAAAUGGCUGGAAUUGGGAGAGGCGAUGGUCAGGGCCCUGCGGUGGGAAAACUAGAGUCACAAAUAUAUUGUAUUAAGUACACUUUGUUUUGCUUCAAUGUUGUACUUUGGUUAUUCGGUGUAUCAGUCUUUGCGCUGUGCCUCUGGAUAUGCAUCGAGCCAGGAUUCAACGAAUGGAUGAGUAUAUUAGAACUGCAGCAAUAUUUCAUUGGUAUCUACAUCAUCCUGAUUGGAUCCAUUGGCAUCAUGAUCGUGGCGUUCCUGGGUUGCGGAUCGGCUUUGAUGGAAAACGUCUUCCUUUUAUACGUCUUUAUAGCUUCACAAAUUGCUUCAUUCGUAUUCGGACUCGUCGGAGCUUGCGUCGUCCUGGACUUCUCGACUUACGACUCGAGCAUCCAACCGCUUAUUAGAAAUGUUAUCUACAGACUCAUCAACAACCCUCAACACGAGGGCAGCAGGGAGAUACUUAGAAUGGUGCAGGAAGGGAUCGGCUGCUGUGGUGCUGAUGGACCUAUGGAUUAUAUUAACCUGAACAAACCUCUGCCUUCUGAAUGCCGCGACUCGGUAACAGGGAACGCUUACUUCCACGGCUGCGUGGACGAACUGACGUGGUUCCUCGAGGCCAAGACUGGCUGGCUUGCUGGUAUUGUACUGGCAUCUUGUAUGAUCUGUGUUAUAAAUGCUGUCAUGUCUUUAGUUCUGAUUCAAGCGGUAAGGAAAGAAGAAGAGGAAUCUAUUGCGUACAAAAAUUAAUUAAUUCAUAAAUAUUUAGGUGAUAAUGUUUUUUAUCGAUACUUUUAAUACAUAUGUGUAUCUUUAUCAAAAUGUUAUUUAGACCACCGUUUCUUAUGAUAAGUAUUAAAAUGUAUGUGUAAUUAAGUAGUGUGUUUAGAUUCUAAGACCCGAUCGUUUUGAAAAAGUUACGCCACAUUCUUUGAGAAUCAUACUAAUUGUUAUAAUGAAGAUGGAUUUGGACAAUUUAUAAGACUUUGAGUUCUUUAUAUAUAUAUAUAUAUAUUGUAAGUGUUUUGAUAUUGCAAUAAAAAUAUAAUUGUAUGGUUUUUAAAUAAAUUACAUGUCGAACAUUAAA